UGUUUGAAAUAAGUUCAAUCAAACAGUCCAAAAUAGCUUUUUCAAAACUAAGGGGGCGUUUGGCAUAACCUAUAUAAGUACACUUAUUUGAGUUACAUCACCUCUCUAAUUUUCUGUACAUCUUUUCGUAAAAAAUUAAAAAAUAUAUUUAUUUAGAUCAUUCUAAAUACCUCCUAAAUUUAUUAGUUAGCCAAAAUAAACCAACACCAAACAUCCCCAUUAUAUGAUUAGUGGCCAACCUCACAUUUGCAGUAAGGAGCCCAAAGAGUAGGAAUGCUUAUUGAACAAUACAAGCAAUGAACCAUUCAAAAGUACUAUGGACUGUUUACAAGGGACUCAUCACAUCAUCAUUGAAACAGUCAACAUAAGAUCAUGAAUAGUUUUGAGGAUGAGACAUAUAUCCAAUGAUUGAAGGGUGGUGCCAAUAGGAGGAGUAGUAGUGUCAUGACAUUUGGUUCUCCCUAACCUAUACUAUUGUCAAUUUUUGUUUUUAAAAACACUUUCAGCAUACCCUUUUGAUGCUUUCUUCACCAAGUUUUCUCCUUGGUUUUUUUAUAGUAGCCGGCCCAUCUUACAUAUUUUCAUUUAUGUACACACAUACAAUAUGUUAUAAAUCUCCCCAAAAACAGUGUUCAUGCACUUGUUUCGCGAAGCAUUUUUUGUGUUUUUGGCAGCAAAGUUCUGCCAUGGUAGCGGGGGCUAAUGGAGAUCGGUCGCUGAAGGAGACACCAACAUGGGCGGUUGCACUUGUUUCUGCAGUUUUUGUGAUCAUUUCUGUUCUUAUUGAACAUGGGAUUCAUUCUCUUGAAAAGUGGUUUCGGAAGGGCCAGAAGAAGGCCAUGAUUGAGGCUUUGGAGAAGAUUAAAGCCGAAUUGAUGCUUCUAGGAUUCAUAUCCCUACUGAUCACAGUAGGUACAAGCCUUGUGUCUAAGAUAUGUAUUCCUUCCAAAGCUGGAAAUAUCAUGCUCCCUUGUAAGCAGCAGAACUCCAACAACAAGCUUUCUCACGCUUCAAUAAAGUUGUUUGCCGGAGAUACUGCCAUUCGGCGGCGAGUUCUAGCUCCGGCUAGUGGUGUUAAUGCUGGUCAAGACUACUGCUCUCAAUAUGGGAAAGUGUCGUUGAUAUCUCAGUCAGGGGUGCACCAAUUGCACAUUUUCAUAUUUGUGCUUGCCAUUUUCCAUGUUCUGUAUAGUGUGAUCACCAUGGCUCUAGCACAGGCCAAAGUGAAGAAAUGGAAAGCAUGGGAGCAAGAAACCAAUUCAUUGGAAUAUCAAUUUAAUAAUGACCCUGCAAGGUUUAGGUUCGCUCAUCAGACAUCCUUUGUUAGGCAGCACAGUGGCUUCUCCACAAUGCCCGGUCUCAGAUGGGUUGUGGCUUUCUUUAGGCAAUUUUUUGCGUCAGUAACAAAAGUGGACUAUCUGACUAUGCGACACGGAUUCAUUAACGUAGGUAAAAUUUCCAAAUUACACACUUUUUAUCCAAUAAUAAUAUUUUUAUAUAAAAUUCAUAGCAAGAAUAGCUAA